AUGUAUUGUCAGUGUUACCGAUUCUUUAAAUUCAAUAACGCCCAUCAAACUAUAGAGAUGUAAAAGCUUCUGGGCGUUCAGCGAGUGGUCAUCUAUAACACUAGCUGUGGACCGGGCCUGAAAAAACUUUUAAAGCAUUAUGAAAGAGAGGGGACACUUGAGAUUGUUUCAUGGCUAAAUGACAAGUUUCUCAAUCCAUCUUCAGGUUGUUAUUUUCAGGAACACAAGGGUGACCUUCAUUACUACGGUCAGUUAACAACACUCAAUGAAUGCGUUUACAGACAGAUGUAUCAAUCUAAGUAUGUUCUUCUGAAUGACAUCGAUGAGAUCAUCAUGCCUUACAAAUAUGACAAUUUACCAUCUCUUAUGGAAAACCUUCAAGCUGCACAUACCAAUGUGGGUUUGUUUUCUAUUGAGAACCACAUGUUCUCCAAUACACAGUUUGAUGACAGUGAUCGCUUCAAACGGCAAGAAUGGAGUAAAAUUGGUAUCAAUAUCAUGGAGCACAGUUAUAGAGAACCUGACCGAAAAAAAUUUUUUAAUCCCACAAAAAUGAGUGUUAAUCCAAGGUUGGAGGAGCAAACCUCAGUGCAUUCCUCUUUAAAACAUUUUGGAGAUUUUUACCGUGUCCCAUUUGAUAUUUGUAGGAUUAUACAUGUGAAGAAACCGCUGCAGGGCCAUCUUACCAAAGCUCAGCUGAAUGUGGACAAAAGAUUGUGGGACUUCCAGCGAGAACUGGUACCAAAUGUUGUGACUUUGAAACUUUCAGGGAUUGUGAGUCUUUCCAGCUGACAUUUUUGUAUAGUUAUUAUGUAAAUACAAACUAAAUUGAAAUUGCUCUUAAAUGUUUGUAUAAAACAGUGCCUCCCACAAUUCGCUUAAAGAAAAAUUAACAGGGAUAAGAAGGUAAAGUUUAUCUGC